AUGCGAGCUAUUACUAUCAAUUGUGAUGAGCAAUAUCUUCAGGAUAUUGAAGAACAAGGAAUUAUUCCAAGUAGUGAGUCGACUGAUCAAUUGUCUAGUUUUGAAACUUUACCUCGAUUUAACAUUGGAGAUUAUAAGGUCCGAAAGAUAUUUACCAUCCCUAAGAAUAUUAUUAAGAUUACUCGAUUAUCUGCUGAACAGCGUAGCUCCCAUCAUGUCUCUAUGAUUCGAGCUAUGCUACGACCUCUACCAUCCUUUGGCCAUUUUACAACAACCAUGCAGGAUAAGUUAUGUAAAAUUGUUCGACAUGAAAGGUUUCAACGAGGAAGAAUCAUUUAUAAACUUGGGCAUUAUAGUGGAAGUUAUUACAUGGUAUUUUCUGGUUCUGUCUGUUUAUUAAAUCUGGAAGCGGAAAACGCUUUGCAACGAUUUCAAGUAUUACGUCGUGGAGAAGGUUUUGGGGAUUCAGCUUUUCUUCGAGGCGGCAGGAGAAAGCAUACGGCGGUUUGCUUGGAACUUACCGAUCUAUUAGUUAUUGAUCGUGAUGAUUACAACAAGUUCGAUAUAGAUAAACAUUUAGAGAGGGAAAAAGAUUUUCAGUAUAAAUAUUUCAGAAAAAUGGAUCUCUUUUCGAGUUGGUCUGACAAUAAUAUAAAGUGUUUACUAAGAAAUCAUGACUUAAUCGAGUACUAUUCCAAUCAAGUUAUCGUAGAGGAUUCUAAGCAAUCAGAAUGGAUCGUAUUUAUCUUAAAGGGCAAGUGUCAACAAUUAAGAUUACUUAAUUUGAGCCAACUUAUUGAUCAUUCAAAUGAACAGGGAAUGAACAAUGCAAGACGGCAAUAUACACUAGAGGAUCUGCAUACUAGAAGAGACAGUGACAGAAGAUUUAGAGCCAAUUCUAUCCGUUUUGGCAGCUCCAAAAAUAGAGAAAUGUCCUUAAAUUCAAGACCAUCGUGGAUUCAUGAAGGGCCUCUCGAAAUAGCUUACUUGGAUACAAGUAAUAGUAGAAGGAAAGAAUCUAUAGCCCAUUAUAUCAAGCAUGUUCCAAUACUUCAUCGUCCAGACGAGUUAAUCAAUCCUAAAAGGCCCCAAUCCAUUUCCACAUUUCAAAACAGCCAAAAGACUCAAAUGCUAUCGAGUAAAAGCUUACAAUCAAAAAGUAGAGAUUUUAAAUUGCAGUCGGAAACAUUCAGGGAUGAAGUCAAAAAUGAGCUAAUAGGCUAUAACGCAUCGUACUACUAUAUUGAUAAGCAGAUUGAAAACUCUGUAGGCUUAGUUAAGAAAAAUAUACAUCGUUAUUUAAACCACAGCAAGCGCAAUUCGAAUUCCAAAAACGUUCAAGUUUAUGUUAAUAUUGGUUCACUAUCAGAGAAAAGCUGUUUCGGUCUGGAUGCUAUCCUUGACGAAAACACUAUAUCCUUGGCUCUUGUAUCAAGUGGUUGUGUCGUCACUAAAAUAUCAAAAUCUCUAUUUCGAUUAUUGACAGAUAAAAUCACAUUAAGUAAAGCAGAAAAAUUGCUGCAUAAAGUACCGACAGAUGAAUCCUUAGCUGAGUUGUACUGCAUCGAUUAUCAAUGGCGAAGUUAUAAAAAUGAUGUUUUAUCAUCAGUUAUGAAAGCUCAGAAGGAAAAAGAAGAAAAAUUGGCAUGUGAUACAAAUGUACUAGCGGUAAGAAGAGCUAAAUCUGCCCAUUACAGGCCCACAUAUUCUAAUCAAAAUCUAGAACGAGAAAGUUCUCUUCCUACAUCGCAACAACGCAGAACACGUUCUUUACCCACAAAGCCGAUAUUGCCUGAUGGAGCUAUGCUUACUUAUAGUAGGCCAAAGCCUACUUCAAAUCGUACUUAUUAA